AUUUACCCCCAACUUUCCUUUACAUCUCGGUUCCGUUUUCCCAACCGCAGAUCCACCGUUGUAACCGUGAUGGCCUGGUCAGUCUCCGUGAUUUCACAACCAUUUCGCACAGUAACAUGCUCACAUGUCAGGCAAAUCAGCUUUCAGCCGAUUAGAAGGUAGCCCUCUCAUGUUCAACCUCGCAGCUUAUCGGAAAAAAGAGUGUCUGUCGAAGGAUUCGCUAUUUCGAUUCGCUACCUUUGCUGAUCCGUCCAGUAACGACAAGACGUUAUGGUCAUGCGGUAGCUCCUCAAGGCCUCAAGGUUGAUGCGGCGUGGACUUUCACGAUCAAGUCGGGCAUGGGCAAAGUCGCGGAAGUUAAGAAAGAACCACCAUAAUUUGUCUGGCGUAGGCCUCCUCUUUCGUGCGUGACCACAAAAUUAGCAUCUCUAUUCGCGUCUUUGUGACAAGCCGGACCACCCAAGAAUUCAUC